AUGCCUAUCCUAACCCUUAUGGACAUUUCAUGCAUAGUUACAAUAUUCCUCACUGGGCACAUCGCCUGGCCACCGUGCACUAUUUCGAUAGCUGCAUGGCUUCCAACCACGCCUUGGGCCAUCGCUCAGCCAUGUGGCCCUGGACAACGAUGGCUGGCCUACAAGGAAGAAGCGAACAUGUAA